AGAUAACAAACAAAAUGAAACGAGAUUUAAACAUUUAAUUAGCAUUUUAGGAGCUUGCCAGUCACAUAAGCAGUACGACGUGUCCUCUUUCUCUCUGCAUGUUUCACAGAUUUUGGCACGAAACUACACAAUUUCGGAUUGUUAUCAGGAGGACUCUUGCGUAUCUGGUCUUCAACGAUGGAGACCCGGAGCUUGGUUGUAUCGAUGAGCACUAAUUUCUCUUCCUUUGACCUCUCUCGGCCUCUACCUCCUCUCACUCGCUCACUCGUCCCGUUCCGAUCGUCUAAACUAGGGCCUUCUAGGGUUUCGGCGUCCAACAGUGGAACUUCUUCCUCCCCCCGUGCGAUUGGCACCGACAAGGAUGCCGCUAUCUCUGUGAAACCUGUUUACGUCCCGACGCCGCCCAAUCGCGAGCUCCGGACUCCUCACACGCGGAAGUUCUUCGAGGGAUGGUAUUUCAGGGUUUCGAUCCCAGAGAAGAAGGAGAGUUUUUGCUUUAUGUAUUCCGUGGAGAAUCCAGCGUUUCGCCAAAGAUUGUCACCAUUGGAGGUGGCUCUGUAUGGACCCAGAUUCACUGGUGUCGGAGCCCAGAUCCUUGGAGCUAAUGAUAAAUAUAUAUGCCAAUACACUCAAGAGUCUCACAACUUCUGGGGAGAUAGACAUGAGCUAGUUUUGGGGAAUACUUUCAGUGCUGUGCCUGGCGCAAGGUCUCCAAACAAGGAGGUUCCACCAGAGGAAUUCAACAGAAGAGUGUCAGAAGGGUUCCAAGUUACCCCAUUUUGGCAUCAAGGUCACAUUUGCGACGAUGGCAGGACUGACUACGCGGAAACUGUGAAAUCCGCUCGGUGGGAGUAUAGUACCCGUCCUGUUUUUGGUUGGGGUGAUGUUGGGGCCAAACAGAAGUCUACUGCAGGCUGGCCUGCUGCUUUUCCUGUAUUUGAGCCUCAUUGGCAGAUAUGCAUGGCAGGCGGCCUUUCAACAGGGUGGAUAGAAUGGGGUGGUGAAAGGUUUGAAUUUCGGGAUGCACCUUCUUAUUCAGAAAAGAAUUGGGGUGGAGGCUUCCCUAGAAAAUGGUUUUGGGUCCAGUGUAAUGUAUUUGAAGGGGCAAAAGGAGAAGUUGCUUUGACUGCAGCUGGCGGGUUGAGGCAAUUACCCGGAUUGACUGAGACCUUUGAAAAUGCUGCACUGGUUUGUGUACACUAUGAUGGAAAAUUCUACGAGUUUGUUCCGUGGAACGGUGUUAUUAGCUGGGAAAUGUCUCCAUGGGGUUACUGGUAUAUGACUGCAGAGAAUGAAACCCAUAUGGUGGAACUAGAGGCAAGAACAAACGAAGCGGGUACACCUCUGCGUGCUCCUACCUCAGAAGCUGGACUAGCUACGGCUUGUAGAGAUAGUUGUUACGGUGAAUUGAAGUUGCAGAUAUGGGAACGGCUAUAUGAUGGAAGUAAAGGCAAGGUAAUACUGGAGGCAAAGAGCUCGAUGGCAGCAGUGGAGAUAGGAGGAGGACCGUGGUUCGGGACAUGGAAAGGAGAUACGAGCAAUACACCCGAGCUACUCAAGCGGUCUCUUCAGGUCCCAUUGGAUCUCGAAAGUGUCUUUGGUUUGGUCCCUUUCUUCAAGCCACCGGGUCUGUAACUCUGUAAGUUGAUGAGUGCUUUGUUUGUUGAUAGAGAGCCAUGUGAAUCAAACCUGAGUAUGAAUGUUGUUGCUAGCUUCACUAAUCUGUAUGGUUAGCUCGUUUGUCCCUUGUGGUAAAUUAUACACGUAUGGGCCAACAGUGUAAAGUCUAGUUCAAUGAAAGUCUUAAAAAAAUAUGCUGUAAAUCUAAACCGGGAAUCGGAUUGAUGGUUGGGUAACCCAAAUAAAAC